CGAUCGCAUCGCCCUCUGCCCGAUCCUUCGCCAUGGCAUCCAUCAUCAGCAGCGCCCUCCAAUUCGUCCACGAGUGCCGAGAGUUCCUCAACGUCUUCCUCUAUGACUCUGGCACGGAGGCGUUUGAGCUGUAUCCCACCCACGGCGCUGUUAUCGUCGCUCUCCUGGUCAUCCCCUUGAUCAUCAAUAUCUACGUCGCCUACUGGUUCUCGAUCAAGUACCCUCCCUUGCCGCCUCUGGAUCCCGCAGGCCCUUACGGCCCUCGGUCGCCCUACCGCCCUCGAUCCGACAACAGCUCCCCGUCUUCCCAGCCUGCCGCCACCCCGGAAAAGUCCAAGAAGCUGAAGAAAACCGAAUAGGUCCUCCUCGGCUACAUUUGAUCGACGGGGGGCUGGCCGAUCGCACUCUGCAUCCCCGCUCUGCACCGAUUUCUCCACCCGUCACCUGCACUCUUGGCCUGUUUCCGAGCUUCUAUGAUGUGAUUCCGUCUGUUUCCGGGUGCCACGCCUUUCCUGUGCAGAGCUCCCUCUGGAUUCCGUUGCUACCAACCAGAUCUUGCUGGUGCUUUGGGAAACAACGCCCGCUCCGUCAUUUUCUGAUGAGAAUGUAUUCUCAUUGAUGGAAA